AUGAAAUUCUUGUCCUCAUUGGCUAUUGCUGGCUUGGCUUCAACUGUUUUCGCCAAGGAACAUUACUAUCAUUGGAAUGUUACUUAUGUCUCCGGUAAUCCGGACGGUCUCUUGGAAGUCGAUGAUAUAGUGGGUUGUAAUGGUGAAUAUCCUUGGCCCGAAAUCAGAGUUGAGAAAGGUGACCGUGUUGUUGUUGAGGUUUACAAUGGUCUUGACAAUGCAAACACUUCUGUCCAUUUUCACGGGCUGUUCCAACAUGGAACAAACCAGUACGACGGUGUUCCAGGUCUAACCCAGUGUCAGAUUGUGCCAGGUCAAACUUUAAUUUACAAUUUCACGGUUCCAGAUCAAGUUGGUACUUAUUGGUACCAUUCUCACUCCAACGGUCAAUACAUGGAUGGUAUGAGGGGUGCAUUUAUUAUUGAGGAUCCUGACGAUCCUUAUAAGGCAAACUAUACCCAAGAGAAAACCAUUGCCUUGGCAGAAUGGUACCAUGAUAACAUUUUCACCUUAACUGAAUCAUUUUUGGAUUUAUACAACCCAACCGGUGCUGAACCAAUUCCUCAAAACUUAUUAAUGAACCACUUUAUGAAUGCUACUAUUGAAGUAGAGCCUGAUACUGAUUACUUGUUCAGAAUAAUCAAUAUGGGAGGUUUUGUUUCCCAAUAUUUCUGGAUCGAAGAUCACGAUAUGACCGUUAUUGCUGUUGAUGGAGUCUAUGUUAAACCAAACACUACUGAUAUGAUUUAUAUCACUGCUGCUCAGAGAUAUGAUGUUCUUGUUCACACUAAAAAUCAAACCACUAAGAACUUUGCAAUUAUGCAGAAGUUUGAUGAUACUAUGCUUGAUGUCAUCCCUGACGAGCUCCUUUUGAAUGUCACCAAUAACUUACAAUAUAAUAAAGAUGCAGAUUGGCCCGAAGAAAGUAUCGUUGAGGAAUUGGAUUUCCUUGAUGAUUUCUGGUUAACACCACUUGAAGAUUAUGAAAACUACGAUUCUUAUGAUCAUCAAAUCACCAUCGAUGUCGUUAUGGACAAUCUAUUGAAUGGUGUCAAUUAUGCUUUCUUCAAUAACAUCACUUAUGUUGCUCCAAAAGUUAACACUCUAGGUACCGUUUUAUCUGCAAACACUUCAGAGCUUGCACUAAACUCUGAAAUAUAUGGCUCUAACACUCAUGCUAUUGUUUUACAAAAGGAUGAAAUUGUUGAAGUCGUCUUAAAUAACAAUGAUACCGGUAAGCAUCCUUUCCAUUUACACGGCCACGUUUUUGAAGUCUAUCAAAGAGGCCCUGAUUAUGGUGAUGAGGAUGAGCCUGUUCCCUACAAUGAAUCAGCACCAUAUACACCAAGAGAAAAAUCGCUAUUCAGAGAUACUCUUUAUGUUAACCCACAAUCACACUUUGUUAUCCGUUUCAAGGCAGACAACCCUGGUGUCUGGUUCUUCCAUUGUCACAUUGAUUGGCAUUUGCUUCAAGGUUUAGCUCUUACUUUUGUUGAAGAUCCUGUUGGUAUCAGAGAAAAGGAAGCAGAUUUGGGUGAAACAUGGAAAGAAACCUGUGAAGCUUGUGGCGGCUACACAGGAAAUGCUGCUAAUAACACUGACUUCUUAGACUUACAUGGUGAAAAUGUUCAACCAAAGGACCUACCUGCGGGUUUCACAGCUAGGGGUAUUGUUGCAUUGGUGUUUUCUUGUGUUGCUGGUGUUCUUGGUUGUGUGACAAUUUUCAUUUACGGUAUGGCUGAUAUUCCAAACAUCGAAGAAAGAGUCGUUAAGGAUUUGAACAUCGAUGAAAGACAACUUCUUGCUGAAUUCGAUGAAGAUGAGGAUGAAGCAGUAAGUUCAACAGGUUCAACCGAUCCUAAAUUCCCUGAUACUGUCACCCACACUUUGGAAAAGUAG